UAAUAAAUUAUGGCUCAAGCUCAAGCAGCCCUCUUCGCUGACGCGAUGUUUUGAUAAAUUUUUGUUUGGUUUGUUUUGAGAGGGAGUGCUCAUCAAAAAGGAACGAAUUAUUAUUGUAAAAUAUUAAUUGAGUAAUACAUUAUGAUGUUUAUGCUCUAAACAACUGCGUCUAUGGCCUAGACCUCCUGUUGCCAUCAAAUUUAAAUUAAAUACUGCUACAGUACUACAGUACUCUACUGCUGGUAAGGAAAUCUGACAUUCAAGAAUUAAAAAUGCUGAAACGUCUUUCCAAGCGGUUGUCGUCUGCAUUGUUUCAAGCAAAUGAUGAUGCUAAUGUCAGCCAAAUACCUGUUGAGAUGCAUGCAAAAGUUUCUCUAUUAAUUUUACCUGAUAAAACAUUGAAGAUACCUGUGCCUGGACCAACAACGACUGUUGAAAAAGUUCUUGUAAACGCUUGCAAAAGCUUGGGUAUUCACCAACACCUGGCAAAGUACUUUGGCCUUUUUCAAGAAUCUGCAAAUUCAUUUAGGAAACUUAAAAAUAUUGAAUAUAUCUCAUCGGAAACCAAAGGUUUGACUCUAAGAAAAUGGUGCUUUGAUCUUGAAGAUGAAAAAAUUCUUAUGGAAAUAGAGGGCGCUCUACUCCUUUUAUAUCAUGAAGCCAAACAAGAUGUGGCUACUGGAAGGUUGCUGCCAGAUGACGAAACAAAGGCUAAACUUGAUGAAUUAGUAGCCCCUACAUCUGAGACUUACACUAAGUAUGUAAGUAUAUGUCAGGAUAUUGAAGAUUACUUUGCUGUGGAAAUCAAAAGUUGUUACCUCAGCCAAGAUUUCAAGAUUAAAUCCUUCCAGCUUAGCCGAGGUGUAAAGUAUUCUAUAGUUCUGUUUGUUAGAGGCCUGAAAUUGCGUGUCGACAAAACAGAUUUCCUGAUAUCAUGGCGAAAAGUAUCCAGUUGGUCCUGUGUAGAAGAUGAUAGACGAAUACAAUUUGAAGUUUACUCACCGACUGAGAAUAAUUACAGAAUACUGGCAAUAGAGACUGCUGAUGCUGAUUACAUGUUGACUGUUGUCAUGGAACUGAUAAGGAAUUUACAGAAUGAACUAGACGGUCCGAUGUUUGAGACCUCGGAUCUGACCAUGGACUCGAGCGGCAAGGUAGUGAAGUGGAGUAAUGUGCUGUUUGCUACACGCCGCUUCAACGCAGAGGAUGAGCUAGCGAGCAAGUGCGAAGACCUCACAAGUUAGGCUAUGUGCACUGUACCCACCACACCCCAGUCUCAGCAGUGGUGUACCCUUCCCACCCCCAAAAAAAAGUGUACUUUAGCUUUUGGGUGCAGAAAUGGUCCUUAACGGGUCUAUAUUGGUGAAAACAGGGAUAACUACCUCAGCUUCUCAAACCCUAAUGUGGGCAAUGAAGAUGCAAAAUGCGAAAAACCUAAAGAUGGCCAUAUUAGGCAGGGAUUCCAUAAAAUUGCUACAGCAAUUGUUACACUACAUGACUGUCUCCGAUGCCAAAUUCACUAAACAUAAUCAACUUCUCAACAAUCAUUUAUACUUGAUUACCUUAAAGGUAUCCCGAGCCUAGCAAUCAUGGGCUAGAGGUUUUCUAUUUUCUAGGCCCUCUGCCAAGUAGAUUACCCAAAGCAUUUACUUCAAAUCCCUACCAACAGGCAAUAGGGUAUAGCAAUUUUAUGGAAGACAGUCUAUACACAGAACUAACCUUGAUGCCAUUUAGAAGGUGCACAUGCAUGAAAACAUGACAAAUAUCUAACAUUUGUAAAAAGAUACACGAUAAACAUGUUUCAAGCUAUUAUAAAGUUCACAUGCUAUUUUAGUGGUUGUAUUUCUUUUUUCAUCAUCUAAAAUAUUGAUUAUUAUUGUAUGAAAUAUAAUAUUAAUGAUGUAUUGUCCCAUGCUAAAUACCAAAAAAACAUUUAAAAAUUUUUUUUAAAAUUAACUUG